AUGGUUGUAUUUACUGGGAAAAAAGAAGCACUUGACCAAUUAAAUCAUUUUCAAAUUGCAUUUAUCGGCAAUUGUACGGAAGUGGCCAAAGGCAUGAGUACUCGUUCAUUGCCACCUACCGAUCAUUACACCCUUGAAUUUCAAAAUAUUCAAUUGUUGCGUGGCUCUAUCGAAGAUACAACUCAUUUUCAUUAUAUGCAAACAGGUGGCGGAGCAGUGAUUAUGGCAAAAGAUGGUAAGAGCUCAACACGUGCUCCCGAUCCCAAAAAGCCGCAAACAGAAACACUCUAUUUGGUAUUGUUGACUGAUGUAACAUAUAUAAAAAGUUUAAUUGAAAUUCAAGAAGCAGAUGUGGAAGAACUUAAGCAAGUUGCUGCUGCUUGUCCUACUGUUUAA